AUGGCACCUCCACUCAACUCUCAGGAUGAUCGUGCAGCGUUUGUUGACGCUUGUAUCAACAAGCGUAAGAAAGCGAUGCAUGCCUGGGAGUCUCUUGGCUUGAUCAGUGAGAAGUUACAUGAUGAGCAACACGGCUACUUCGUCAACAAGGAGAAGGCAGACAAGGCUAACGAACUGCAAAGAGUGGUUGAGGGAAUAGCAAAGUCGUUUGCUACGUCGUAUCGUGGCACCAUUGAAGAACUCCAUACUUACCUGGCUGAAGACAAUGCCUUCUCGGAAGAUGUCCUCCGGCUCGGACAAGAAUUUGGAGUGAAGAUAUGGGGUCGUAUAGAAGACGGCGAAAUACGCUCGUCAGGUGAAUCCCAAGGAAACGGCAUCGAGGAGCAGGACUGGGACGACCCAAAAGACCGCCAGAAGUGA